AUGGAGGCCAAGGAGCACAUCGAAGAAGAGGAGGUAUCCAUCGACAGCAUAGAGUACAUGAAGCGUACUACCCAAAUUUCGCCCGAAACUUCGGAGACACUCAUGAACCGCUGGGGGAACGAAAAGCGAACGACGCUAAAGAGAGAUGCGACAGGCAGGGAACAGAUAGAAACAGAACGCUCACAUAAAGUCGAGGAGGCGUGGUGUCCUCGUUCGAGACCGAUGGCCUGGCAGCAUCCACCGCUAUCAGUCGUGAGCGCCCUACAUGCCUCAAGGCCCCAUCAGAGCUCCAACGCACCCCUGCUCAGAACAGGAAACACGGCGACGAUGAGCAGCAAGCUGUACAGAUGCGUGGCCUCGUGA